GCCAGCAGUGGGCGAGUCUUUAUCAUUAUGUUUGCAUUUUGUAGUUAUGUCAAAUUUAUGGGAAUAAAACUCUAGUUAGUUUGAUCAAAACUAUGGUUUAUUUGAACAUAUAUCACAAUAGUAAUCGACGGUGGAGCAUUUAGUGAAAUAAGUUGAUGGAGACUUGUCCAAGUGUGUAAAUAGGCUUCUUUUCCCAGACUUGAUCUCCUAAGUUAACGAAGAAAAUGUCACACUUUAAAGUAUCUUAUCAAGAAUUUAUACAACAUUCAUUUUCUCCUUCGAUUGCUGUGAUGUGUAGCCCUUUAGUUGAUGAUAUUUGCAAGAAAAAUAAUCUAUCCUUUACUGAAUUGAUUCAACCUUUUUGCAAGCUGCAAGUUGAAGCAAGCUAUCGAGAGCCAUCUGGAACUAUAAUUACUCUUAAGAACUUCCGCAUAAAUGUUUCCCACGUGGAUUCAAGACCCCCUCAACCGACAAUGGCUAGGAAAUUUCUCAACGAGUCAGUCAGUAGUCAUGUAAAUGAAAAGACUACAACUAUGACUGUGGGAAAUGUUAGUCUGGAUGUACCCGUUUCUGUUCCUUGGUUUGAUGCGUGGCGAGACACUUUCCUACAAGUGCAGUUCCCUUCAGAUCACGAGUUCACCAAACAUUACCUAGCCUGUAUCUUGGUAGUCUCGUCAGCUGAGCAGUCUCCCAUGGAUCGUCUGCAGCAUAUAUCUGCUCAGCUGCAGCAAAUGCAGACAGUGUCCCCUGCCAAGCUUCCCAAGUGGUUCAGUCCAGGCGGGGGGAGCGGGGGUGUGCUGCGUUACCACGUACUUCUACAUGACAACAUGGAUGGCAACACUCCACUAGCUGAAAGCCUGUACGAGACGAUGAAGACUACGUACGGAGUGAACAACAGUUUCUUCCUGAACAUCAACUCCCAGGCGGCGCCGACCUCAGACACUCAAUUGCCAGACCCGUGGAGUCAGUUCAUCACCAGGAGAUAUCAUUCUCAGGACACCAAUGAAGCCGAUGAGGUGAUGCGGAACAACUUGGAAGGUUUGACCACCGUAGAGGCAGCUCAGGAGGCGGGGGAAACUUCUCCCUCUACUCCUGUCAUCAUGCAUCCCCUAAGUCCGGUGUCAGACCAGCUGCACAACAGCAUCCACGAUAAGCAGAGUGUGGUGGACGGUGUGACUAACCACAACUGGCCUGUGACUGCUGGUGUCCACGGCGGCUGUCUUACGGCAGACGACUUGGACAGACUCAGGGAGUUCAUCAGCUGUUUCUGUGUCAGCUGCUUGGUGCCUCAUGUGGAGAGUCAGAUAUCACAGCUGACUGAUUUGAUAUCAAACAAAAAAGGAAUGAGCAGAUCAUUCCUGAGUGCCACUAAGAGGUGGUUCGGAAGUAAACCUGGAAUGCCUAACACCCCGACCACAAAUGUUACGUACACAAAUGACUCCACAGAGCUACAGCUGCGGAGGCUGGGAGACUUGUGUUUCAUGUUCGGUGCGUACUCUCUAGCCUUCAGUGCGUACCAUGCAGCCAAGCGAGACUUUAACGGUGAUGCUGCUUGGUUACACUACGCCGGCGCGCUGGAGAUGGCGGCCUUGUCGCUGUUCAUGCAGCCGGCCGACCCAACUCGGAAGGCUUUUGAAUACGCAGAAGAGAGUAUCAUGACUUACCUCAAUUCUUGCAGGAUGCCCCAGUUUGCCACCAGGGCGACACUGUUCGCCUCAGAGUGUCUGCGGGGCCGAGGUAUGUGGGGCGAGGCAGCCAAACAGCUGAUCCGCAUGACUAGUGAAGACUCUGACCUGCGCAGUGCUUUGCUGCUGGAGCAGGCGGCCUACUGCUUCUUGGCCAGUCCUCGCCCUCCCAUGCCUCGCAAGUACGCCUUCCAUCUGGUGCUGGCGGGGCAUCGGUUCUCCAAGGCGGGACAGAAGCGGCACUCACUGCGGUGCUACAGGCAGGCGUACCAAGUGUACGUAAACAAAAGUUGGAGCCUGGCAGAAGACCAUAUUCAUCACACAAUUGGACGACAGGCGACAAUGUUGAAGCAGAUGACAGAAGCGGCCGACGCCUUCGCUCAGCUGUUACCUCGUGCGAGCAGACAGUCUGCGACUCAGCAGGCAACCUUCUUGCGGGAAUACCUCAAUACACAACAGCAAUUGAACUGUGAGACGGGUGAGUUACCGAUCCUACCGUUGCCUGUGGUUGACAACGACUCUAUCCAGGUCCUGCUGGGCAAACCCCCUCAGCCCCAACUGAUGGACAACUUCGAGUGUUACGCUUCAGGGGUGUCUUUCGACCUCCAACCUUCCGAUACUCAGAGGUGGAACAAGUUAGAAGAGCAGCUAGUCAGUGCUGCGUUGAGAACUCAACCAAUGAUCUUCACUCCGACUGUCGAGUUGCUAAACAACAGUACAAACAAUGUGAAUCCUCCCACGUCUUAUGCUGGAGAGGCAAUCAGUGUAAGUGUGAGUCUCAACAACCCGCUGCACAUCACGGUGACUCUGCAGAACAUGAGGCUACUGUGGAGCUUCACACCAUGUGACAGUGGCGCCAGUGUGGACAACUCUGCAGUUGGCAACAUUGCUGUCGCUACCACAAGAGUCAUAGAGAGGCUUGUCAUGCAACCGGACACAUCAAGCAAGAUAAUCCUGCAGGUAGUGCCACUGCAGGUCGGGGAGCUGAGAGUGACGGGAGUGGCGUACCAGCUGGGAGGAGAGGGGGAGGCGGUGGUGGAGGGAAGACAGGUGUUGGUGCCUCGUGGUCGUAGACAACGAGUCUCCAAGGACAGCGGCGCAGUGGCUUACGCGGCAGAUAACCGGUUGCGACUCAACAUCUCCCAGCAUGCUCCAGCAAUCAGGGUUAGCUUCAAAAAACUGCAGAAGGACAUGUUGUCAGGAGAGUUGACUGAAGUGGCAGUAAAGAUAGACAACUGCGGAGGUGUGCCGGUGACCAAGCUGCUGGCAGUGUGUGGUACGCCGGGUGUGGUGGCAGUGGGCCGCCGGUGUGCCGAGGUGAUGGAGGUGCCGCUGGACACACCUCUGGUACCAGGCGCAACACUGGAGGUGCCCAUGAGAGUGAGGGCACACGACCUCAAGGGCUCUUACACCGUGGAUCUUCUCUUCUACUAUGAGAGCGCUCAGAACCAGGGAAAACCUUUAUAUCGGCUGGUAAGGCACAGCUGGCCUAUCCUAGUGCAUGACUCUCUCCAAGUAUGUGUUACGACAACUCGCAGUGCCGUUGCCGUAGCAACCGAUCAACCUGAGUCUCUUAACCUCAAACUGCAGGUCCAAAACACCAGUCAGGCCAACGACAGUGUCAAGUGGGUCAUGUGUGUAGAGUGUGCUGCUCUGUACAGCGCACAGUGGCAACUGACCCUUCGGGGCUUCCAUCCGACAGCUGUGUCACUGGGACCGCAAGAGGUUUCUCACUUUCUACUAAAGGCUGUCCGCAGAUCCUCUGUUACCCAUGAUCCUCUAGUCUCCAAACUCCCUCUGGUGGGGGACACCCCCCUGUCCCCCGCCGCUGAGUUCCUCCCCCACCACCAACCCCCUGCCGGCCCAACAGUGGAGUCCUCGGUAGACCUUCAAGCCACGUUCAUUGUUCUUUGGAAGGCUACAGUGGAGCUGAGGGGAGGAGAUGCCCGUAGUGCUGUAGGCCAGCAUCACGUCACGCUACGAGGGAUUGGGGAGAGCAGCUGGUGGCCUCCGCCUCCCCCCGCCAGUGUUCCUCCACCCCUCACCCCCGCCAAUGAUAUCACAGUGAAGCAGAGACUGGUCACAUACUCGUUAGUGCCCCAGGCCCCCGCCACACCACACGACUUCUCUAUUGACAGAGUGUGCUUGAUUCCAGUAGAUCUGUUUGUUCGAAACUGCUCCAACUGUGAUGUCAUCGUAGAAGUUCAGGCGACAAGAGCUCCUGUUACCAACCAAGGGUACAUGUACUCUCCUCACUCUUGUCAUGCGUUCCACUGGGUGGGUGGCACUCUGAGGAUAGUGGACCUGCCGCCCCACGGGUGUCGUAGUGUCAAGAUGUCCGCCGCAGUCGGUGCACCCGGCGCGUACAACCUCGGCUCUCACCUGGUGUUGCGCGCCAGAACUACAAGUAGCGACUUCACCCCUCAAAGUUGGAGAACAGACUCAACUCUCGUAGUUACAUAACACUCAGUCAACUUAAUCUCUCCGUCUCUUAAUUAGAAAGGUUGUGUUAUCGCCUAGUUGCUCAAUCAACACUUGAGACUAUCGGCGCACUUGGUUUUGCGCCAAAGUCAGUAGUGAGUCAGCGAAUCUUUACUCACGUAGUGUCGAGGUUCGUCGCAGCUGUUUAUUUUCCAAUUUGCCAUUUUGUAAAUACGUUGUGUAUUUUUAAGGUAUUUAUUUUCUAUGCUAGGCUUAAAGUACCUCAUAUCGUUUGUACCUUCGACAUUCCUCACCUCAACACUGUUACUCGUAUAAUUGUAUUAAUACACUUAGGUACCGUGAGAUUAUUACACGUUAUGAGUUUGUUGUACAGAAACUGUGCUGAAAGCAAUGUGAUAUCAACUGAUUGAUAUGGAAGUUUUAUUACAUAAUUUUAAAUUAUAU